CUCACUGUUUUUGCUUGAUUGGCAUAUAAACAAUUUUGCAAGGAAAAACAACCGGUUGCAGAAACAAAUGGAUAAAUUGAAUUUAACAUUAACGGCGGUCAAAAAUCUUCGUGCCAAUGUCAGACAAUGCUUUGAGCAUCUGGCCGACGGCACUGACGGUGAAGGCGUCGAUGAAAGUCGCAACAAGUUUGUCCAUGAUUUUCAAGACCGCUUUGGAGCAAUUAAUUCGCAGUUGCGUGAAGUGGAGCAGCUGAUAAAUGGCUUACAGGUGCCCCCAACAGCCUAUCAUUUGGGCAACACAACGUUCCUCGCCCAGGAGACGUCCCAGGAUCGUCAGGCGCUUUAUCCGCAGCUUGUGAACAGCUAUAAAUGGAUUGAUAAAGUGCACGAUCACAGCUUUCUCGCCUUUAAUAACCUCAAUCAAAACACUCUGCGACGUUCUUACAACUAUUGCUCACAAAAGCGACAACGAUUGCCCUUCUCCUCCUUCAACAAUGACCCAGACCACAUUGAGAAACUAUUAAGCGAAAUCAAUCAUCCGCCGCAUACGUUCUAUAAAGUAUUCCGACCAUUUGGCUCCAAUGCAGUUGCCAUGGUCACCAUCAGCAACGUCCUCAAAGCGGCCAUUGUCUUCAAGGGCGUCCUCAUCGAGUGGGUGACCAUCAAGGGUUACGACGAGCAGCUGGACCACGAAGAUCUCUGGGCCGAGUCGCGUUAUGAGGUGUUCCGCAAGGUGCAGGAGCAUGCGCACUCUGCGAUGCUUCAUUUCUUCUCACCCACGUUGCCCGAUCUGGCGGUGAAGAGCUAUGUGACUUGGCUCAACAGUCACAUCAAGCUAUUCCUAGAGCCCUGCAAGCGUUGCAGCAAAUACAUAGCCAAUGGAUUGCCACCAACGUGGCGAGAUUUGCGCACACUUGAACCAUUCCAUGAAGAGUGUCGCAAUAGCUAAGAAACUAAUUAAAUGGAAAUGAGAUAAUGUAACAUU